GUUCAAAGUAAUUGCUUCUAUUAGAUCAGUCUCCCAUCCCAUCCCAAAUGCGAUAAAAAAAGAAAGCCCUUACAGAUAGAGAGAGAUGCCGAUAGCACUACGCUCGAUUGCCUUUUCUUAAUCUAACUGCACGCUGUUUUCGUUUUCUUUUCCUUUAAUUUUAGGGGAAAAGAAAGAAACCCUAGAUCUUCAAUUUCAUUAUCUUUUUACAAUCUUAUAGGUUUUUUUUUUUUUUGAGAUUAGAUAGAGUUUUUUUGAAGGCUUUUAUAGGUUGUUGGUGCAGUCGAUUCGGCGGGGAGUGUCGUGUUUUUGAGAAAUUGUUAUUCGAUUAUUUCUGAGUUUUCUUUUUUUUUAAAAUAAUAAUCUAGAGUUAUUAGUUAGGGUUUGUUUGUGAAUAGAAGAGCUAAGGCUUUUAAUUGUAAUUGGUGUUGAUGGAGCCUCGUGUGGGGAACAAGUUUCGGCUGGGUCGGAAAAUCGGUAGCGGGUCAUUUGGAGAGAUCUAUCUUGGUACUAAUAUUCAGACUAACGAAGAGGUCGCCAUUAAGCUCGAAAACAUCAAGACAAAGCAUCCACAGUUGCUAUAUGAAUCCAAAUUAUACAGAAUCCUGCAGGGAGGAACUGGGAUUCCAAAUGUGAGAUGGUUUGGUGUUGAGGGAGACUAUAAUGUUCUAGUGAUGGAUCUGCUUGGACCCAGUCUUGAAGAUCUAUUUAACUUCUGUAGUAGGAAACUCUCUUUGAAGACAGUUCUUAUGCUUGCAGAUCAGAUGAUUAAUCGUGUUGAGUUCAUUCAUUCAAAAUCAUUCCUACAUCGAGAUAUUAAACCUGACAAUUUUCUUAUGGGCUUAGGAAGACGGGCUAAUCAGGUCUAUGCCAUUGAUUUUGGUCUGGCAAAGAAAUAUAGAGAUAGUUCAACCCAUCAACAUAUUCCUUACAGAGAGAAUAAAAAUUUGACUGGUACUGCAAGAUAUGCCAGCAUGAACACUCAUCUCGGGAUUGAGCAAAGCCGGAGGGAUGACCUAGAGUCUCUUGGUUAUGUCCUUAUGUACUUCUUGAGAGGAAGCCUUCCAUGGCAGGGAUUGAAAGCAGGAACUAAGAAACAGAAAUAUGAGAAAAUUAGUGAAAAGAAAGUUUCUACUUCCAUAGAGGCCUUGUGUCGGGGCUAUCCAACAGAAUUUGCUUCAUACUUCCAUUAUUGUCGUUCAUUGCGAUUUGAUGAUAAGCCUGAUUAUGCCUAUUUGAAAAGAAUAUUCCGGGACCUCUUCAUUCGCGAAGGCUUCCAAUUUGAUUAUGUAUUUGAUUGGACCAUUUUGAAGUAUCAGCAAUCACAGCUGGCGACACCACCAGCUCGUACCAUUGUCCCUGGUGUGGGAACUAGUUCUGCGACACCUCCUGUUAUACACAGUGCUGACAGACAAACAGGUGGAGAAGAUGGUCGACAAGUUGUUGUGUCUUCAUUGGAGUCCUCACGGCGGAGAAUGGCGUCAGGACCCAUCAUAAGUUCUGGAAAUUUCUCAAAGCAGAAGAGUCCAGUUGUAAAUGAAUCUGGAAUUAGUAAAGAUGCUAUGCUAUCAAGCUCCUAUGUUGUAGGUCGAUCAGGUGGAUCCUCUAGGCGAGCUGCUGCUGUUUCUAGCAGUCGGGAUGCAUUUGCUGGAACUGAGGCUGAUCAUCAACGGUCUCGUACUACAGAUGCAAGCCCUGGAGCAGUGCACAGAAUUUCAAGCGCACAAAGAAGUUCUCCUGUCGGAUCUUCAGAUCCAAAGCGCUCAUCAUCCGGGAGAAAUACCACUCACAUUAAAACUUAUGAAACUACCCUCAAGGGCAUUGAGGGCCUGCAUUUUGAUGGUGAUGAGAGGGUUCAUUAUUAGAUGCCUGCUACUAUGCAUUGUAAAUCGUGAAGUUGGUAUGAUGUGACUUGCAGUAAAAUAGGUUAUUAUCGAGGAGUAUCAGAGAAAGCAAGGGAAAAUCAGGAUUUGGAAUUGCAUAGGUAAAGGAGAAGUUGAUUUGGAAAAACAAGUUUCAAAUGCUGAAUUUAAUGGCAAAAAAAAGAAAGAGUUAAGGCUCUGUCCAUAAUGCUGGGUGUAUUUUCACGGCUACUCGUAUUUCUUGUUUUCAAUCAGUUGAACCCUUAUUUCCAGGGUCGGCUGUUCAUUUUACGCUUUAAUUUUUUAUGUUUGAAACUCACAGGUUUAUAACUUGUUGGCUCUGUAAAUCGGCCUCUGUAUCGGUUUUCCUCUUUAGUUCUAAUAUUACUUUGCAAAUGCA